GCAGGUACGAGCGAGCGGAGAGGAGCAGAGCGGCCGGGCCGGCGCGGCCAUGGGGAAGGUGCAGCUCUUCGAGAUCCGCCUGGGCGACAGCCGCGUCGUCUACAGCCCCGGCGAGCCGCUGGCCGGCACCGUCACCGUGCGGCUCUCGGGCUCGCUGCAGUACCGAGCCAUCAAGGUGAGCUGCAUUGGAUCCUGUGGGGUGUCCAACAAGAUCAAUGACACAGCCUGGACUGUGGAGGAGCAGUACUUCAACAGCACGCUGUCCCUGGCAGACAAAGGGGUCCUGACAGCUGGAGAGCACAACUUUCCCUUCCAGUUCCUGCUGCCAGCUUCUGCUCCUACAUCAUUUGAAGGCCCUUUUGGCAAGGUCCUGCAUCAGGUGAAAGCUGUGAUAGACACACCUCGCUUCUCCAAGGACUACAAAUGCAACAAGAUCUUCUACGUUCUCUGCCCUCUCAACCUGAAUGACAUCCCUGACAUUGAGCAGCCCAACACCAUGUCCAUCACCAAGAAGUUCAACUACAAGCUUGUGAAAAGUGGCAACAUCGUCCUGACAGCCACGUCUGACCUGAAGGGCUACAUCGUGGGCCAGGCCAUCCAGCUCCGCACCGACAUCGAGAACAAGUCCGGCCGCGACACCGGCGCUGUGGUGGCCAGUCUGCUCCAGAAAGUGGCCUACAAAUCCAAGCGCUGGAUCUACGACCUGAGGACCAUCGCCGAGGUGGAAGGCUCAGGGGUGAAAGCCUGGAAACAUGCAGAAUGGAAGGAGCAGAUCCUGGUUCCAGCACUGCCCCAGUCCAUUCUGCAGGGCUGCAGCCUCAUCCAUAUUGACUACUACAUCCAGGUUUCCCUCAAGUCUCCAGAGGUUUCUGUCACUCUCCCCAUCUACAUUGGAAACAUUGCUGUGAACAGGGUCCCGCUGAGCCCCUCCCGCUCCAUCCAGCACAUCCCAUCUGUGGUGGUCCCCAGUGCCCCCCCAGAGGAAGAGGAGGCUGCCAGUGGCUAUCACCCCAUGGACAAUGUCUCCAUCCCCACCAAAAGCCAUUCCCAGCAGCAGCCCUUCAGCUACGCCCCAGGACUGAGCUUCCAGGAGAUUCGGGCGGACUCGGAGCAGACGGGCUCCCCAAACCACCCCACCCUCUGCCUGUCCACGGGAGCCACUGUCCCCUACUAUGCUGAGGGCAACGUGGUGCCUGUCCCCACAGCCAGCUCUCUCAUCCUGCCCCCAGAGUACAGCACGUGGGGAUACCCCUAUGAGGCACCUCCAUCCUACGAGCAGAGCUGCAGCAGUGCCAACUCCAGCAUCAGCAAUGGCAAUUAGCCCUCCCCUGCUCCGACCCCGCUGGCACUGCCCACCCUGGCACCACGGGGCACCCGCCUGUGGCACAGUCUGGUACAGCACAAGGCGUCUUCUUGUCUCUCUGGCUGCUUUGGGGGGGAGCUGCCACAUCCCAGCCUGGGCUUCUGAAGUCUCUUUCUAGGGAGGGGGUAAAAAAACCAAAAAGGGCAGCCAGAGCAGCCUGCAUGUAUGUAGGAGAGGUCAGGGAACCUGAACAGUCUCCUGCUGCUGCUGGAGAGCUGGAUGUGGCCCUGGAGCUCCCCUUGGAGCUCCUCCAAGUGCUGGGGAGCUGGGUGUGGCCCUGGGCCAGCCUGUUCCAGUACUGUAGUCAACACUAACUGCUUUACUAUCAAAGCACCUGCGAUGCCUUAUCUGAAACACUCCUGACUCUGCACAGCCCCACUCUGAGGGAGGGCUGGGCUGUGUGGGCUUGCUCUCCUCUUUCAGGGGCUGUGUGCUCUCCACAAAUGGUUUUGACAGCCCUUCCUCCUUGUCCUCAGAGGUCCUAAGGAUAGCAGGAGGUUUCUUGGAGUAAGCAGGUUUGGAAGGUCAGGGACUUUAGAAAAGCCAAAAGCACAAACCCUCACUGUACCUGAGCUGUGGGGGGAGUGAUGGCAGUGUCAGUGGCCAUGGGCACAGCAGGGCUCAUGGGGACACUUGCUGAUAAGCCCUGGUGAGCUCUGGGGAAGAUCCUGGUGUGGGAUGGGGUGUCCUUCUCCCCACAGAGCCCUGUGGGACACAGCCUGCCCUUGCUCACUGCUGGGCCCUGGCACACAGGACAGCAGCACUGCUCACUCUGGAGCAGGGGGACCACGUCCAUGUCCCUGCAGGGUGCCCUCUCCUCCCAGGCUGCAGCUGAGUGACCAUCAAUCACAAAAGUCUGUCUGAUGCUACCUCUGAGCCUGCCCAGGGGCCCUGCCCGUGGGAUCCCUCCCCUGUCUGUGGGGCUGUCCCUGGGAGUGGCUGUCCCUGCCAGGGCCCUGUGGUGGCCCUGGUUUGCUGUGUGCCCCCUGGGCCUGAGCAGAAUGUGACAAUGAACACAGCUCGUGGGGAGCUGCAGCCUCUGCUGCACCUGGCACCUGGGGGAACGAGCUGGGUUUUCUUGCAAUUUUUCUUUUGGGCUUUUUCCCCUCACACACCUUGUUUAGCUCAUUCAGCACUGACUGCCCAAGCUGAGGAAACCACAACCACAUCCCUCAGAGCCACAGGUGCCCAGCCAGGCUGGAGUUGUGGCCUCCAGACCUUUGGCACCUCAGAGCUCAUCCCCACACGGCCCCAGGCUGGGCAGGCAAUACCUGACAGACCUUUAGGAGCAUUUCCAGCUGCUGCCUCCGUGCUCAGCCACCUCUGCACACCCUUCAGGCAGCUGGGACAGGCCCUGCUUUGCACUCUUUCUUUGCAAAUGCUUUUUUAUUUUAUUUUUUUUUUAAGCAUUGAACUGCUUUAAGGGUAGUGUAGCAAAGGUGCCGUUCUGAGCAGUGCUGGCACAAGAUGCACCAAUGAUGAUAGAGUGAUUGUCAUUGUCCCUGAAUAUAUAUAAAUAUAUAUAUAUAUAUAUAUGAGAUGAAGUUGUUUUUAAUGAUUGAAUUCAGAAAUACAAAUUUUAAUGCUGUAUUUAAUAAAUUAUUCUAUGAGAAAUGCUGUGCUUUUUCAUCCAUUUCUGAUGCUGAUCCAUGUGCCUGUUCAUGCCAAAUCAGGAAUGCACCUUGCUGAUUUCUUACAAAAUGAAGUUUUUUUUGCUCUCACCAGGAAGGGUGGUGAACUCUGCCAAGGCAGCUUGGGGAAAACAAACACGGUGUGGCCUGACCAGAGUGCCAGGCUCAAAAUUCCCCAUGGCUGGAGGGAAUUUGGCACCACAGGCUUGGCUCUGGAGAGAGCAGCCACUGCAGCACUGCUGCUUCCCAGGCCCCAUGUCCCAAAGCCAGGAUUUGUCCAAGUGGCCCAGGAGUCCUGGGCAGUGCUCACUGCUGGAGGGGAGGAGGGGGAGAGCAGCCUCUGCCUUUGGGAGGAUGGAGAUGGCAUAGCCAAGGGCUGGCUGGAAGGGCUGCAGACCACCAGCCCCAGCUCCUAAAGAGCCAUUUGGGAUAAACUUAUGGAAAGUGGAAGAAGGCUCCUCCCCACAAUCCCACUUUGGUCAUCCUAUGGCUGAAACAUGCAGGUGUUGUCUCAGUGUUGUCACUGCAGGUAGCCUGGGCUGUGAUCUGUGUCUCAGACACAAAGAUCCUUCUUCAUUCUCUUCUCAUCUUAUGCUUCUGCCCAGCUUCCAUGCUUCAGACUCUCCUUUGCUGGGUGGUCCAGCCUGCCAUGAGCAUCAUUCUUCAUCCCCAAUGGGCCAAAGGCAGGGACAGCUCUUCCUCAGUGCUCUUCCUCUUCCUCCCACUUGGCUGAACCAGUCUUGCCUGGCUCAGUCUGCGGCUCCAUGGCCUUCCUUGCUGUUGGCUGUGCAAAUCCUUCAACCCAAAUCCCUUCCACACCCCUGGAAAAAUUCCUGUGAGCUGUGAAUGUUUCUGGACCUGCUGGGUUGGGCUGCAGGCUCCUGACCCAGGCAGGCUCAGGGAGAGGCAGGAAGGGCUGGGAGCAGGCCUGGUCUCCCAGCUCCUCCAUCCCUGGGGCUGAGCUGCUGCUGAUGUGUCCAGCCCGUGUUCCUUGGCUGGAAAAUGGGAUUGCUGUUUGGUUGCUGUGGCCAGAGCCACUGGGCUGUUUUUCCAGACUCCCAGCCAGCAGCUGUCCUCCUUUGUUCCACCUUUGGGAAUGUUCCACCUUUGCUUGGGAAUGUCCUUGUUCCACCUUUGUUUGGGAUUGUUCCACCUCUGUUUUGGGACUGGCCCAUCCAUGGUGAAGGCUGGGGAGGAGGAGCCCCCACCCAGCCCAUGCUGUGCCCUGUCUCUGCAGUGCUCCUGUGCACCUCAGCUUGCUCUCCCCAGUUUCAUUUGGUACAAACUGGUCUUUGGGACCUCCUGCUGUACACUUUGCAAAGCAGGGAGGAAAUGGGGACACUCUUGUGUGGUGAGGAGUGUCCAUCACCACCAGCUGCUGUGGAGGGAGCAGCAAUGGGCUGGAGCUACACCUCAGGGUGGUGUUCAUCCUUUUGGAGGCCAGGGCUGCUCCCCAGCCCAGCUGCUGUGCAGGGCCCCUCAGAGGCAGGGUGCAGCAGCCAUCAGCCAGGGCUGGCUCUGAGCAGCCUCGUUGUGCAGGAGAACUGACAUUACAAGUGACAAUCAGUGCUUUGCACCCCUCCUGCCCUGCCUUGGCUGUGCAGGGAAGUGAGGCCUGACCCAAAGAGCCUGGCUAAUGCUUUAUGGAGCCCUUUGAAAUGGCCAGCACUGCAGGAUGGAGGGGUUGGUCCAGCUCUCCUUGAUGCCCCUUGCAAGGUGGCACUGUCAGCAUUUCCUUGGGGAGGGCUUUGGGUGUGGGGCAAAGCCAGUGUUUGGGUCUGGGGUUGAGUUUGGACUCACCCUCUCCAGACAGGAUCAACCCCUCUGUCCUCUGUCCACAGCCUCUCUGGUUCCACCUCUUGGGGAGCUCCUUUAGGCCCGGGAUCAUCCCUCCCUCCUCUUGCUGAACACUGAAAUAAAGAGGAAAAACCCAUUUUUCUGAUCACAGCUCUGGGGAAAGAACUUCAGCACGCAGGGAUUCAUUCUAAUUCCUGGCUCAGAUCUUUGAAGCAAUUGUUUUUGGGCUUGUUUGAAAUGGGGAGGGGGAGCAGUGGGGCACGAGAGAAGCUUGUGAGUUAAUUGUUUCCAAACUCAGUGUCCAGUGGAAAACACCAAAAAUAUCAUCAGUUCUUUUUUUUCCCCUGCUGCUUUUAUGUCUUUCAUGGUUUUGUUCUUUUCCUGCUCUCCACAUGUUCCACCUCCAUACCUUUGGCUUUUUCAAUGUUGUUUGUGUCCUAAACUAAACUCUGCUUUGGCAUCUGCUGUCCCACUGCCUGCAGGAGAUGGGGAAAGGGGAGUUGGGGGAUGCAAAGGCUCUUCUUUCUUUUUGACAAUGAUUCUUUUUUAGCUUUCCACUGAACUUCCAGGAGUUUUGUAAAAACAAAUAUUUUCUGCUAGGACGUUUUCCUGUUGAGCCAGCACAAAACAGGAGAUACAGGGUGUUCUAGGCUCCAUUUGGGUUUUAUUCUAUAUUUUAAAAUAUUUGCAACUAUCUGCAACAGGAAUGUCCCAUCCCUCCUCCCCAAGAGAGACUGGCAGGGUAAAACCCACAAAACUUGUGCCCUUUCUUGUACCACUACUCGUGGCUGUAAUUCUUUAUUCCUGUGGUUAUCUUUACAGAUUUUGGGGUUUUAUACAACAAUUUGUGAUGGCUCUGUACAACCUAAGACUUCUGUGCAAUUUAUAACUGGGUUUUGAAAUGUAAACUCGCAGUUUUCCAUGUUUACCACGGCUUCUGGGGAGUAUUUUUGUCCUGGGUUUUAACCCCCCAAAUGUAAAGAACUGGAAAAAUGUAAAUAAAGAUGAUCUUUUUUAAGACCAA